UUUGUGUAUAGAUUUGUCACAGUUAUCACAAGAGAAGUUCUCAAAAAUCACAAUGGUUAAAGCGGCUGUUCUUGGAGCAUCUGGUGGCAUUGGCCAGCCUCUGUCUCUCCUGCUUAAGACAAGCCCCCUGGUUGACGACCUCGCGCUCUACGAUGUUGUGAACACCCCCGGUGUCGCUGCCGACCUUUCUCACAUCUCCUCUGUUGCUAAAAUUUCCGGAUUCCUGCCUAAGGAUGAUGGAUUGAAGCACGCCUUGACCGGUGCUGACAUUGUUGUCAUCCCUGCUGGAAUUCCCCGCAAGCCUGGAAUGACUCGUGAUGAUCUGUUCAAGAUCAACGCCGGUAUUGUGCGCGAUCUGGUCAAGGGCAUCGCCGAGUACUGCCCCAAGGCGUUUGUUUUGAUCAUCUCCAACCCUGUCAAUUCUACUGUUCCCAUCGCCGCAGAGGUCCUCAAGGCCGCUGGCGUCUUUGACCCUAAGCGUCUCUUUGGUGUUACCACUCUGGAUGUUGUCCGCGCGGAGACCUUUGUCCAGGAAUACUCAGGCCACAAGGACCCAUCUGCUGUGCGCAUCCCAGUUGUCGGUGGCCACUCGGGAGAGACUAUUGUUCCCCUCUUCAGCAAGGCAGCCCCCGCUUUCCAGAUCCCCGCAGACAAGUACGAUGCGCUCGUCAACCGCGUUCAGUUCGGUGGAGAUGAGGUUGUCAAGGCCAAGGAUGGUGCCGGCUCCGCGACCCUGUCUAUGGCCUACGCUGGCUUCAGAUUCGCUCAGAGCGUUAUCAAGGCUUCUCAAGGCCAGUCGGGUAUCGUCGAGCCUACCUUUGUCUAUCUGCCUGGUGUCACUGGCGGUGAAGAGAUUUCCAAGGCCACCGGCUUGGAGUUCUUCUCUACCCUUGUAGAACUUGGCACCAACGGAGCUGAGAAGGCCAUCAAUGUUCUUGAGGGCGUGACCGAGCAGGAAAAGAAGCUCAUUAAGACCUGCACCGAGGGCUUGAAGGGCAACAUCGAAAAGGGUAUCGAAUUCGUCAAGAACCCUCCACCAAAGUAAACGCGCCCACCCCAGUCCCUGAGUCACAGGAUUCCCAAUCAUCAAUAGGUGAUAUGCCAAUAUCGCACCUCUUUACCACCGGGGUGAUAUCUUUCGGUGGUUGCAUCACAAGUUCACGGACAUGGAAGGAGCCCUGCUAAUCAUUGUUAUCCUGGGGAGAUAGGCUUUGAAUAUGUGCUCUGCAGACGAAUGGGCGAUGGUCGAUGGAUUGCUCUGACUCAGGAUUUAUGACUUCGAGAUACGAGUGACCUGUUUAAAUGAUAAAACCUUGUAUUCUUCAU